UUCACUUCUGCCUUUGAUUCACAACACACAUACCUAUCUCUCUCUCUUCUCCUUCUUUCUCUCUCUCUCUCUCUCUGAGCAUGUUUGUUUCUUCAAGAAGUUUAUUAUAACUCAACUUUUCUCCCUUCUCUUACUUCUUAUUCCUCUUCAAAUCUCCUCUUUAACUUCACCUCCUCUCACUUUAGGAUAUAGUGAGUGAGAAAAAGAGGAAAAAAAACUUUCAGACAUCCUUUUGACUUCUUUGCUCAAAGAAUCUCUUUAUAUUUCUAAAGAAAUAAUUUUAAAUUCUGAAACAAAACCCUCAAGAGGUUUCUUAGAGGUUGCUUUAAUCAUGUCCAUGGAAGGAGCUUUUCUAGAGAAACCAAAACCAAACACAACAACUACUCUCCCUGAUCUAUCUCUCAACAUUAGUCUCCCAGAUAUCCAUCACAAUGAGUCUUCCAAAGAACUUUCAAGAAGAUCAUCCCAUACCGACAACAACAGGUCAUCAAACUUCGAACUCUCUUUAUCUCAUCAUAACAACCCUAGUUCCAACCCAAGCACAAGAAUCCUCCAUUUUCCUGAUCGAAGGAACCUUAAUCUUUCUCAUCAUCAGCAUUACAACAACCACAUCCUUAAUGGUGGAAGCCUUCAUCAAAGGGUAGAUGAAUCCGAGAUGAAUAAUAUCCACCGUCCGAUUAGAGGCAUCCCGGUUUAUCACAACCGUUCAUUUCCUUUCCAACAACAAACCACUCCUGCUUCUACUUUGCCUUCUCUUGGAGGAGACUUUUCAAUCUUAAGCUCAUCUUCUGCCUAUAACAACGCUUACCGAUCGUUACAAUCUUCCCCGAGGCUAAAGGGUGUUCCUGUGCAUCAUCAUCAUAAUCACUAUGGAGUUGUUGGAUCUUCAGAUUCUUCUUAUCCUCAUCAUCACCAUCAUGGGAUGGCCAGAUCAAGAUUCUUGCCUAAGAUGCCGACAAAGAGGAGCAUGAGAGCUCCUAGGAUGCGUUGGACGAGUAGCCUCCACGCACGGUUUGUUCACGCCGUUGAGCUUCUAGGCGGCCAUGAAAGAGCAACUCCAAAAUCGGUUCUUGAGCUCAUGGAUGUAAAGGACUUAACAUUAGCUCACGUGAAGAGCCAUUUGCAGAUGUAUCGAACUGUUAAGACCACUAACAAGCCUGCUGCUUCAUCAGAUGGGUCAGGAGAAGAAGAAAUGAGCAUAAAUGGGAAUGAAGCUCAUCAUCAAUUAUCGACGGAUCAAAGGGCACAAUCUGACGAGACUUCUCCUCAAGAAAUUGACUUUCCUUCCACACAACCUCGUUGGAGUAACUCCUCAGGAGAGACAUGGCCAUUAAGUAAUAACUGCUCAAGAGAUAUAGAUACGAUGAUCAGAACUUCAUCAACAUCAAUGAUCUCUCACCACCAAAGAUCAUUCCUCCAAAAUCAGGAGCAAAGGUCGAACGACCAAGCAAAGAGGUGUGGAGAUCUUAGUUGUAACAAUCCAAGUUUGGAGUUCACAUUAGGAAGACCCGAUUGGCACGAGAAAUGACUUUCUUGAUCCAUCCCAAUAUACAAUAUAUAUACAGGGAACAUAUAUGCAGUUAAAUUAUAUCGCUGUGACGAUUAAUUUCUCAGCUAAAAAGUUGAAGAACACGUUGAGAGAGAGCCAGGCCGCUCAAGAGUGUUGAUUUUUUUGUGGAAAGAAAAACACUACAAAGAAAAAAAGGGAUAAACUAUGGAGGCUCUUCUUCUGAAGUUCCAUUGAUGGUUUGAUUAUAAAGUGGAUGAUCAAUGUAUGAGUUUUUUUUUUGGGUUUCCUGAUUUCCCUGGAGGUUGAUAAGGUGUGGUCAUAAGUUAUACUGGUUUGUUUUUUUGGGCAGAAAGAAAGCCUCUUGGUGGGUUAGAGGGUUUCUAAUUUAUCUUUUGCUGCUGAUUUGUGUAGAGAGAGAUUUGAGUUAAGAUUUCAUAUGUAUACUCUUCAUUCUUAAGUACAUGAACACACAAAUUAUGUAUGCAUACACAGAUCCAAAAUUCGAAUGCAAAAGCAGAUUGUGAUUACAAUGAUUCUUCUCUGCUUCUCCAGAAAAAGCUCAGUAAUUAAACAUUUAUAUAAACUUCCAUUAACACACACAUGCUUGACCAAAACUUUUGGUUUAUCUACAAACUUUGUAGAUACUUGUAAUAAAUAAAUAAAAAGGGCUAAAGAGAAGGAUUCUCACUGGAUGAUUCGAUGCUUACUACCUCUCGAUCUUUGUCUUGAUGAAGACUGAAACUGUUGCCUGAAAGGCUGAUCCCAUCAAGCGCAGGCUUCCUCUAGCUCCCAACCACACAGCAUAGAAGAACCCAAUCCAACCU